AUGGCUCCUUCUUCUGGAGGCCUUGAUUGUGGGUGCUACCUACACUUACGGCGAUCUUUGAAGCGAAUGCAUUGUGCUUUGAGUGAUGGUGCUUCUUUGUUGGGAAAAGCAGUGAAUGGGAAAGAAAAGAGCUGCUUCGGCAGCUGGGGCAAAGCGUCUGGCAAUGACCGAGAUGCGCAACCGUGGGUGGCUCAGCGCCUGCAAAUGCUGAGCGCUUUCAUUGUUCGAGCACGUGGUUUUCAGCUUCAGCUGUUCCAGAAGGAUUUUGAUUUCUUGGCUCAACGUGGUGUGCCGAGAACUAUGGUGUGGAGCGCAGUAGGGGCCUUUGGCUUGUGGUCAGGGGCUUCAGUGGGGGCCAGCUCAGAUGGCACCAGUGGGGGCAGCAACUCUGCUGCCGUGGCAGAUCCUUGGCAGUCGGGGAUCGGUCUUGCAUCUGCCGAGGAUGAUUCUCAGGUGCAGCUCUCGAUGGGUGUUUGUCGAGAGGAUGCCCUUGCUAUUGCUGGGGAUGAAUGCCCUGCUCAGGGGCUCCCUUUGGCGCGUGAGCUUUGUGUGCAUGCUUCUGACACGCAGGCAAGUGCAACAUUUGGGCUUCACAUGAUUGAGGACACUUUCUCUGAGGAGUUUCUUUACUACGUGCCGCAGGCAAGUGCAGCAUUUGGGCUCCACUUGAUUGAGGACACUUUCUCUGAGGAAUUUCUUUACUACGCGCCGCAGCAGCAGCUUCUUCCCUCAGCGUCUGGUCUGGACCUUGGUGCUGGGCCAUGUGGGACGUCGACUUGCGCUGCUGAGAACCCCGUGUGUGACAUUCAAGAAAUCAACAAGACCCGUGAAAGGGCAAAGAGCCUGAGAGGCCUAGCUAGUGAUGAUUGUGAGUGUCAAGAAAUCAACAAGACCCGCGAAAGGGCAAAGAGCCUGAGAGGCCUAACUAGUGCCCAUUGUGAUGGUGAGUGCGAGCCUGACUGUAGGACGAAGAGCCUUUAUGGCCGUGUUCUUAGUGUUCUGUGGGAGCUCAGCGCUAUCAAGACCCGCAAAAGGGCAAAGAUUGAGACUGAGACCGGGCCUCUGGUGCCAGCUACUUGUGCUAGUGGUAGACAUGGCUCCCCGGAGCCCCCCUGUUCUUCCUCCUCGCAGUGCUGCUGCCAUGGCCUGGGCUCGCUGGCGGCUGGUGACGGUGGCGGCCAGUUCUUCAUCGCGCAGGGCAAGGACGCUGGUGCCGACGACGCUUCUUGCCGGGGCUGCUGCCCUUGCCGGUUUAGGCCUAUGCCCCCUUGGGUACCUGAUGUCCAGCCUGCUGCAACAGCUGAUCGGGAUGAUCUUGUGAUACCUAAUAGAGAGGAGGUGGGGUCGCUGACCCAGGGCUCCGGGGGCCUUCCCAAUACAGGCCGCCGUCGGCGUGCAUAUCUGUGGGUCGAGGGGACCGUGGUCUCGUCGAGCAGUCCCAGGACCGUGCUGAGUGUGGUGCUGAAUGCCUUCAACAGGGUGCCUGCGACGCGCAGAGCGGGACAGCUGCAAACUCAGAGCGAUCUUGACGGUGUGCAACUGCAGGGGCCACUGGGUAUGCUCUGCUGGCUUGAUGCACAACUGCAAUUGUGGACUGCGACCUGCUGGCGGGCAGCCUCUUCCAGCAGCACUCUUGUGACAAAGGACCAGGACUCUGCUGCUGCCUCGCGCUCCUGCCUGCCUGAGGGCUGCUCGGGCCCCACUGGCCUAAGGUUUGGAGGCGGCAACCCGUUUGAGGGCAUGAUGGCCAGCAUCACGGAACAGCUUAUGCCCAUGAUCACUGCGCUCAUUCAGAAAGCUGUGCAGGAAGCCAUUGCAAAUGCAAUGGGAGGUGGUCAGCCUGGUGCUGCAAAGGGCUCGGCCAAGGGUGCUGCUAAAGGCAGUGCAGAGGCGUCCCCACCCAAGUCUGGACCUAAGGGCAAAGGGCAGGGCGACCGGCCUCCUCGUGAUGCUGAGGGCUGGACCAAGGUUCAGCGUGCUCCCCCGCAGGGCCCCUUCCAGCUCCGAAGGCAGGAUUGGAGCGCGCAGUUGUUGUCGCAGGAUGGCAUUGCCAAAGCAUUGGACGAACUUAAACCGGGUUCUACUCUGGAAGCUGUCAUUCUUGUCGAGCCCUCGGCGCUGCCGAGAAUUCGCACCAUGCUUGCAGGCACCAGCAAAUCUCAUAAAAUCACCCUUGUAACCUUGGACGCAAAUGGUCCUCACAAGGUCCCGGGAUGUGUGGGAGAUCUCCUCCGUUUUCGACGAGCCUCGAUUGCACAUUGCAAAUCUGACCCUGCUGAUGGUGGUGUCCCUUGCUUUGCGGGGCACAAGGCCAAGGCCAUUAAAGUUGUUCCUGCGUCCACUUCGGUCGUCUACUUUAAGGUGCCUGAGAUGUACAUGACGCCUGAUAAAUUCAAGCAUUGGAAGAACAACCCGAGUCGUGCUGCUUCUUCUUGGGCAAGCUCUCACCAAAUCACUUUGAGUGACACGUGGGGUUGGGUCGAGGAGCAGCAGGCUGGCAAGCAAGGACUGCAGUUGUUUGGCAUUGCUCGCCUCCUGGACUCCGAGUUGUCUUCUCUCGUUGCUGUCAGUGGCCGGGAUGGAGUUUUUGUUGAUGUGCCGCGCGGCAAGCUUGUCUCCACUGUGCAGUGGCUUGCUGUUACCAAGGGGGAAGCUCCGACUGCGUACCUUGAACGCGGCCUCCGCAUGAGUGCUCCUUAUGGCCUUGCCACCCAGGGCGGACGCAUUGGCGCCAGAUCGCCUAGGGAUCCCUCACAGGCUGUCCCGCGUGUUUGGAAUUUCCCUCAUGUGCCGGCUAGCUGGGGACAGAAGGAAGUGCUGCAGGUGCUGGACCAAUCCUUCAAGGAUGUGGCUUUGAUUCAGCAUAAGCGCACUGGCGCUGAGUACUUGUAUCGCUUCAGAGCUACGCUUAAACACGGCGAUCUUGAUCUGGUUCCUUUGAGUGCUAUCGUCGAGAGCGAGCCGGGGAAGGACAAUGAAAUCACGCUGUGGGCCACGGUUGCACCCUACAAGCCUAAGCAAGCUAAGCAGCGACCUCUGAGAUGUGCGCCGACUCCCUGUCUUGCCAAGGAGAAGCCUGCAUUGGAGCCCCAAUCCGUUAAAAUUCAGGUCCCCGCUGAACUGGAUGAUGACGGUAAGGAGGUGUCCCCUGCCAAACAUGUUGCGGCUUCGCAUCGGCAAAUCCCCUCGGGGUGUGAUCUCAUUGAGACUCCGAAAGACGGAGCCUGUUUGUUUCACGCCAUAGCGCGUGGCCUCCACUGGCUUUCGGGCCCUAAGAAAACCGAGCACUCCCACAGGGACUUGAGGGCGCGCUGUGUCGAGCACUUGCGAAAAUAUGCCUCGCAAUAUAUAGGGGAAUGGGACGGCCACGGGCCGGCUUUACAAAAAUUGCGCGAAAAUGCCGCAUCUCCGGAGGACGCCUUUGAGGAAUACCUCAAGUUAAUUGCUUCGGAAUCUGCAUACGCCUCUACCAUCGAGCUGAAGGCUCUCGGACGCUUAUUUGAUUGCCACAUCCUUGUGAUCCCACGCGAUGGGAAUUUUAGUGCGAUGUCGUUUCAUGCGCAGCAGCGCAAAAGGAGGCUGGUGUUAUGGUACACACCUCGGCACAUCGAGCUUCUUUUGCCCGCUAAGGAUGCUAAAGACUACCCUGAGGAGGUUUUUUCCGUUACGAGUGGUGCUGUCGUUGACUUGAGGGCUGGAGGGGAUGAUGCUUCCCAGUGCUCUGGUACUGUUUGGACUGCUUGCGCCCGAUCAAACCGAUCCAAGGCCAGCCGAUCAUCUUCUGUGAAGGCGGGCACUGUGUGGACUGCCACCAACGCGUCGAGCAGAAAGGCCGCUACGCAAUCCCGGCAUGUUGCUUCAGUUCCGAGUUCGCAAAGGGGCGAUUGUUUUGCUGUCCCCCGGUCUGGUUCCAGUUCUCUUAAGCGCGCUCGCGGUGCUGCUGAGACGGUCUGGUCCCGAGCCGUCUCUUCUGGUGCUUCCGUGCAUUCUCAAAUGCCUGCCUUGCCGGAGUGGGACGAUGAUGAUGCCCCGCAACCUGAGCGGUUGCAUCAUGCCAGCCGGGCCCUGCCUCAGUCUGCCCUUGUGAUGGCCCGUCGUAAUCGCGGCCGUGCCUUCCCUGAUGGAGUUGCCAAAUGCAGGCUUUGCCCCUUUCGCCGCAAGUGUGCUGAUCCUGUGAAGGCCUAUGCGGCCUAUCAGCGGCACUUCUUGGAUUCGCAUCCGGGGGAGAAGCUUGGGCUCGCUCCUGCCCGCCAGGCUUCCUGUGUUCGUGACCUCGCUGAUGGCGAGGAGGCGUACUGGAGAUGUAAACGGUGCCAGGCAGGCAUCUCGACUGCUGAUGCGGCCCGCUUUGGCAAGGACUCUUUGUGGCGCUUUCGCCGGGAGCAUAAAACAAAGGCCCACCCGCGCGUCUCUUGGGCUGUGUGGAACAAGGAAGCGAAAUCACACUCGGCCACCAAAUGGGCCUCAAAGAUCAGUGUCACUCGCAACAAUGCCCAGAAGGCUAAGCUCCUGCCGGUGCUCCCAGUAAACCCAAAAGUCCAUUUUGGCUUUCCCCCUUAA